AUGGCGAUCAAUGUCAGACAGAGACUGUUCAAAUUUACUCAAAACUUCAAAACGAAAAGGAUGAAAAUAUUUUUAUGGUGUCUUUUAUCCUAUUAUAUAUUAAUCCUCCUCACUGCGAGUAGUGAAAAUUAUAUCAAAGCAAUAACUUUUCGAGUAUUGAGAUCUCUUGGAAUAAUGAGCGCCGAGCGAAAAGUCUAUGAAGACCAUAAUAGGUACUUGUCUAGCAACUUGGCAGCAUCCUCUCGUCUAGGAAAUCAUAUUUUCGAAUUAUCGGCACUUUUGGCAAUGUCUAGAAAACUCGAACGUAUUCCCACAUUUUUUAUCCAAGACAACUGGCAUGAUCUGAUGUUACAGGAUACGGAUAUUUUGAUUCCAGGAUUAGUAGAUCAUUUUUUGAUUAUCAAUGAAACUAACCUUAAAACCGAAUCUUUCAUUUCCAAAGACUCUCCGUCGGACAGUCUCCUAUUUUCAAGGCAUCACUGUGAUGUUGUUAUGUUUACAGCUCCUCACUCAACAUUCGGUUGGUGGAUGGGAUAUUUUUCGAAGGGGAAUCAAGUCUAUUACACUGACAUCAGAUACACAAAUGAUACGGCAAUACCGCAAGGAGUACUUAUUCAGGAUGAUUACUUUCCCCCACACUGGAUUCCUGUCAGAUAUAACAGUCGGGAUAAUGCUACUGUUCAUGAAACUUUAUGA